CACACCGCUCCGCCCACAAUGUCGAUGCCACCAAGCUCCCCACGCUUACCAAGCCCUCCGCCGGCUGCAGAAAUUCAGGUUACGCCAAACUCGCCGUCGGGGGGUCCGGCGGCUACGCUGCAAGCUACCGAGAUGGAACAGACAGUCAUCGAUGCGCAUUCGAAGCGACGAAUUCACCCCGGCACCAAGUCCGCCGACAUGGCAACCGGGCCGCCUUUAGUCCCCCUCGCCGAGCUUGACUCUGCGUUUUCGUUGCAAGAGCAUUUAGCCGCCCUGCAUUACCACCACACUGCCCAAGGCACACGCCAGGUCGAUCGAACAACAGCGCUUCAGCUGACACAACCACCCACUGGCAUUGACAGAACACUAUGGCUCUACGAACUCUGCCGAUUUCUCAUCGCCCAAUGCAACACGUUGGUGGUGGGCUUCCUCUUCGACACGCCUCCUUGCAGCGCCAGCACAUGCCCCGAGAUGCGUGCGUCUGAAUGGCAAUUCUUAUGUGCUGUACAUGAGCAACCCAAGAGCUGCUGCGCCAUCGACUACUGCUGCCAUACUCUUGACUGGGCCGCCAAUGUAGUCUCCGAUCAAAAACUCUUCCCCAGCCGAUGCUUGGUUGUCAGCGAUCCGCACAGCAAGAACGUCGGCGUCAAAAACUUGGUCAAUGUCUUUCGCCGCCUGCACAGGAUAUUCGCGCAUGCUUGGUUCCAGCACCGCGACGUAUUCUGGACCGUCGAAGGUCAAACUGGCCUCUAUGUCUUCUUCAAAACCGUUUGUGACAUUUACGACCUGUUACCCGCCGAAAACUACAAAUUGCCCCCUGAGGCUGAGGGCCUGGAGGCUGAAAGCGCAGAGGAGGACUCGGAACAGCAGCUGCGACCAACUAUUCUGAAACCUCCAUUGGAGCCUUCUGUGGCUGAACCUGAAUCAGAGGAGACCGACAACAGCCACCUCUCUGCCGCUCGCACGAACACGAGAAGACACAUUAGAAGCAGUCCCUCGACUGGCAGUGCAGUAACCACCGUCAUUGAAGCUGAUGAAGAUGAGGCAGAUGCUUUGUCGAGAGGAAUUGACAGCAUGUCGAUCGCGAGCAUCGCGCCGGACGACGUUACCCCUUUGCCAUCCGCUAUUCCUUCUGAAGCAAAGACCCUAGAAAUGAUUCUAGAUUCAAAGUAUGACGAACCAGAAUUGCCCCCGUCUGCUACCCACCAGAAGCUUCCACCACCGGACCCAUCAGAGGAAGAGGAGGCGCCAGCUACUGUUGACACCCACCCACCAACGGUGCCCAGUGCCAGUGAUGCGAAGAAUGACGAAGGUAGCGAAGAGGAAGGACAUGCCAAAAAGACUGAGGAUACAGAGGAGCACAUAGUGGCCACGGUGACUAGCAUCACAGAUGAUGCGACUGCGGAUGCCACAAAACCCACCAACCCUACCACCAACCAAGGCGAGGGACAAACUACUAAGCACGCCAAAGCUAACGAAUCUGGAACUUUGGAAACAUCCAAAAGUGAGGAGUCUGACUUGAACAAAGUAACGACUGGCGAUGCAGCCGACGAAUCCGCAAAGGAUGCUGCUUAAUUUACCAGGCCCGGCAAUUCUUUUUGUGAACCAACAAAGUGUAUCAACAGAAAAUGAGUGACUAUAAUUACAUAUUAGGGGGUGU